ACGAACUUGCUAACAAACUAAAAGCCGUGAAGAAGAAAUCUCUUGAUUCUUCCAUCUCUGUAAUUUUCUUGAGAAUUCAGAACCUUAACAAUGGCGGUGUUCAUUAGCGUCGUCAAAUUGUUAAUUGCGAUUCUCACCGCGUCGAUGGUGAUGGUUGCGAUGUCGCCUCCGACUAGAUGCACAACCAGAGAGCUUCUCUUGCUUUCGCCAUGUUUGCCUUUCAUCUCGGCUCCACCGAACAAUCUUUCCGAUUCAGUUCCCUCGUCGUGCUGCGAGGCGUUCUCUUCUGCCUAUGGUUCCGGUGGCGGAAUUUGCCUCUGUUAUUUUCUUCGUGACCCUCAGAUUUUGGGAUUCCCGUUGAAUAAUACGAAGCUGACCGCUCUGUCUUCGAUUUGUCCUCUCAGUGAUGGAACGCAUUUGGAGAAGAAUAGUUCUCUAGAUUCGCUCUGUUCUGCUUCACGAACUCUGCCUCCUCUUCAGAGCUCGAAAAUUCCAGGAAUCCAAGAGCCGGAUAGUCCUGCUGAGGAGAACACACCGCCUCCUGCGGUGGCCUCACCACCCUCUACGCUUGUGUCACCGCCACCGUCUGCAGAUGAAUUGCCGCAGUCUCCUUCAUCUGCUACAGCAAAAGGUUUUUCAAUGAAAUCUGGAUCAACAGGAGCUUAUGUCUAUAGAAUUUUUGCACUGCUGAUAAAUGAUCACUUCUAUACAUUCCCUGUGAAUCUGUAA